AUGCCCGAGUUCACGCGAGACGAUGAGUACAGUUUAGAUCUCCUGCGCGCCAAAAAGGAGGCUGGGAAAAUACAGGCCGAGGAAGUGAAGAUGCUGCAACAACUGGAGCAGAAGUACGAUACAUUCAUUAACGAGGGCUUGAGCAACCUAUCAAGGAUGGCGUCACGGAGAUCCACACGGCAGCUUCGACUGCGAGACGUCCUGAUAUCAUGGCCGAUGCUUUUAUUGAUUCUUUGCUGCUUUUUCACAGCACUUUUUUUGCUGCAGUUUCAUGAUGAUGGGCGGGAAUGGCUUCUUUUCAUCCUUCAGUGGCACCUCCGCCUGGUCGGUGUGUUGCUCGCCUGGGCGACGGUGGUGGGUUUCACGCAGAUUCGUGAGCGUCGCGUCGCCACGGGGGCCCUUCUGGCUAGCUGUGUGCUGGUUCCAGUGCUAUUGGGGCUGGUGACGCUUGCGAUAUGCUUCCGCGGCCGUGCCGAGGCAUUUGACCGGUGGGAUGAGGGCUUGUUUUCUGUUUGCUGGGUGGGGGAUGGACUGAUCGCCGGGGAGUCGGCAGCGCUCCUAUUUCUUCGUUGA